AUGGCUAAUAGUACUAGAAGUAUCAAACUUAUAGUUCCAAUGAUUAUAACUUGCAUUCUUUUCCUGUGUCCAUGCAAUGCAUAUGUUGCAGGACAAAGUGAGGCAGAGGCCUUGUUCAGGUGGAAACAAAGCUUUCGAAACCAAUCAUUUUUCACAUCUUGGCUAUUAACAAAAAAUGUCAAUUCUUCCUCCACCAUAAGCCCUUGUAGAUGGCGAGGAAUCGCAUGCGACAACCAAGGAAGAGUCACCAACAUAACCUUGUCCUACCUAAGCUUGCAAGGUACACUCGAAGCCUUAAAUUUUUCUUCAUUCCCAUACUUGAUUGGCCUUGAUCUUAAAUACAACUAUUUCACUGGUAUAAUCCCUACUAGUAUAGGGAUGAUUUCUAGAGUCCAAUACCUUGAUCUUUCAACAAAUGAUCUUGAUGGUAGUAUCCCGCUUUCCCUUUCCAAUCUAACUCUAGUCGAGGAGCUUGACCUUUCUCGAAACAAUCUCACAGGCCAAAUACCUCCAACUUUGUUCCCUACAGAACAAAGCACAACAGGGCUCAUCAGAAUUAAAAGACUUCUUCUUCAGGAAACUUUUCUUGCUGGUCCAAUUCCCUCUACUAUAGGUAAUUGUAGAAACCUCACCCUUAUUGCUUUCGAUGAUAGUCAGUUUUCGGGUCAUAUUCCUGCUUCUAUGGCCAAUCUUAGUGAAUUAACUAUCCUUCGCUUGAACCAAAACUAUUUCACUGGAGAAAUUCCAGCUUUUAUUGGUAGACUCAGCAAGUUGACCGACCUUCGCUUGUUUGUAAAUGAAUUUUCUGGUCACAUACCUCAAGAGAUUGGCAACCUCUCAGCAAUGACUGUUCUUCACUUGGCCGAAAAUAACUUUGUGGGAACAUUACCCCCGCAAGUCUGCCAGGGCAGAAAACUAGUAAACUUCAGUGCUGCUUAUAAUAAUUUUACAGGUCCAAUACCAAUAAGCCUAUGGAACUGCCCAGACUUGUAUAGAGUUCGCCUCGAACAUAACCAGCUCACUGGAGACCUUGACCAAGCCUUUGGAGUGUAUCCAAACUUGAACUACAUUGACUUGAGUUAUAAUCAACUUGGAGGUGAGCUUUCAGCAAACUGGGGUAGGUCAUAUAACUUGUCUGUUCUACGAAUAGCUGGAAACUCGAUCAGGGGUGAAAUACCGAACAACAUUUUCCAGCUACCAAACUUAGUUGUAUUAGACCUCUCUUCAAACAGGCUCUACGGGAACAUAUCUUCAGAAGUUGGACAUGGCUUGCAACUACUUGAAUUGCAUAUGCAAAACAAUUUGCUCUCAGGACAAGUACCAGUACAGAUUGGCGAUCUAAAUGACCUUCAGCAUCUGGACUUUUCCAACAACAGCUUGACAGGUCCAAUCCCACAUGAAAUUGGGAUGUGCAUGAAUCUUCUGAGCCUGAACUUGAGCAACAACCAGUUAACGAGUCAAAUCCCAGAAGAGAUCGGGCAAUUAAGACAGCUGCAACUUUUUCUUGACCUGAGCUAUAAUUCUCUCACCGGAGAGAUACCACCACAACUCGGACAGCUAAUAAACCUUCAAACUUUAAACCUGUCUUAUAACAAUCUGAAUGGCACUAUCCCAGCUUCUCUUGCCUUGAUCGGUAGCUUACAGAGAGUUGAUUUCUCUCAUAACGAACUAGUAGGCCCCCUGCCUGAGAGUAGUGCCUUUUCUUCAUUCCCUUCUAAAGAUUUUUCUGAUAACAAGGACCUUUGUGGUAAGAUAACGGGUAUGAAACCGUGCAAGAGUACACACAUUUCUCCUUUCCCAGCAAGAGGGCACAAAAACUGUGUGAAGCUGAUCCUAGUUGUUUGUUUAUCAAGCAUCCUUCCUUUCCUUUUUGUUUUAACCUGCAGCAUAAUAGUUUGUAAAAGAUACAGAGUGAAGAAAUGUAAAUUACAUCAAGUGCAGAAGUUUAACAGAUCAGAAAGCAUGCUUACUGCAUUGAAUCAUGAUGGGAAAUUAAUGUACAAAGAUAUAGUUCGGGCUACUAAAAACUUCGACAGUACGUACUGCAUUGGAUUUGGGGCGUAUGGGAGGGUUUAUAAAGCAGAGCUACCCAACGGUCAAGUAUUAGCAGUUAAAAAGCUGGAGUCUGGCACCAAAGAGAAGGCAGCUCUAGUGGCCAAGAGCUUUAUGAACGAGGUAAAAUCUUUGACAAAGAUUCGACAUAGGAACAUCGUGAAGUUGUAUGGGUUCUGCUUGCAGGAUAAAAUGACAUUCUUGGUGUAUGAGUACAUGGAGAGGGGAAGCUUGGCCGAUGUUUUAUACAGCAACGAGGGAGCGAGGGAGCUAGACUGGGGCAAACGAGUGAAAAUCAUUAAGGGUGUUGCGGAUGCCCUGGCAUACUUGCACCACAGCUGCUUACCAUCUGUUGUUCACCGCGACAUAUCAAGUAAAAAUGUCUUGUUAUGCUCCCAACUGGAAGCUCGUGUUUCUGACUUUGGCACCGCAAAGUUCCUUAACCCGGACUCAUCUAAUUGGACCGUACUUGCUGGAACAUAUGGAUACCUUGCCCCAGAACUGGCUUAUACCAUGGCAGUGACCGAAAAAUGUGAUGUUUAUAGCUUUGGAAUUCUGGCACUUGAAGUCCUAAUGGGAGCACAUCCACAAGAGCAUAUAAUGACUUUAUGUUCAAACUUUUCUGAUGACCAUGAAAAAAUACAAUUGAAUGAGGUUUUAGACUCUCGUCUUGCCUAUCCAACAGGUAAAAAGGUCAUACAGCAGUUGGAAUUUGUUCUAGAGUUGGCAACAUUUUGCCUAAAAAAUAAUCCCUUAUCAAGGCCUACCAUGAAUCAUGUAUCUCAAAUGUUCGAAAUUAAAUGUGGAAGCGAGACUCCAAUAGAAAGUGAUUGUUAGAAGUUCAGAUUAGAAUUUUGAUGUCCUCAAUUAGAGAUUCUCCAAAACCAUAACAACCACCAUGCAGGACCAAUGGUUUUUAUCAAUCGAUUUCCAAAAUAGAAGUCCAAUUUUAUUAGUAAAUAGCCAUGUUUUCUAGGAGAUGGUCAAUAUUUAUACUCUAUAGUAUAGAAUUGUGAUGUGAUUUUG